UCCAACACUGUUGCUGCAAGAAAAUCUGUUUUUGUUUUUGGCCCAUGACGAGUUCCACAACAAAAGCAAAGAAAUAUGCACACCUAGAGUGAUUGCAACAAAGUAAUAGCUGCUAAUGCUUUAGCCGGAUGGGAUGGACAAACUCCGCAGCAGCACCAGUCUGGCUGGUAUCGGCUCCUUCACCGCCUCCUCGACGUCCUCGUCGACUGGCACGGAGGCCGCCAAUCCCCACCAGAAUCCUAGUUCGUCAGCCAGCCAGCAGCUCGAUCACUAUCCAAGGAAUCUGAUUGAGCAAUAUCUAAGGGCCUCCAGUAAAAUCAAGAAGUUUGAGCGCGCCGGUUUCUUCAAACGCUUUGCACCCAGUGCCGGUGAUGUUCAGGCGGACUUCCAGCGGCUGGCGUACAGCUUCGAGGAGUCGGGCAUCCAUCAGUACGCCGCCAUGUGUCACAUUGGCUACGCAAAGUGCGAAUCCUAUGGCGGCUCCUCGCAGCGCGAGGCGGAGGCAUACUUGCGGGCAGCUCGCUCCUUUCUGCGGGCGCACAACGAGAGCGGACGGCUGAACCAGCGCACCUGGCACUCGGGCUUCCGCGAGGGAGCCCUGCACUGCUACCAGCGAGCGACCGAAAAGGCCCUCGACGGAGGCGUCUUUAAUGCGGCCAUUUUCCGGGAGCUGCGCCAGUUGGAGCCGCAACUGGAGGCCACCAGCAGCCUGGCAUCGCCGGCCCACCAGAUCCACGACCUGGAGACGAGUGCCGAGACGAGCAGCCAAAGAGGCGACUUCCGCAGCGCCCUGCAGCACUACGACGACAUUGUGGACAAUAUUUACGAGCGGCGGGGUGCCCGGAUGUACGGGGACCUGCUCCGGCGCGUGGAAGUGCUCCGCCUGCUGCUGCUGGUGCAUCUCAAUCUGCCGCCCGCCCGCCAGUCGCCCGCCCACAUCAAACUGAUCGAGUACUACUACGGCCUGGCCGUGAUCGAGUUUGGGGCGCGUCCCAGUGCGUCGUCCCUGGAGGACGACGACUCGGGCCAGCGGCCGGGCGCCUAUGUGCCCGAGCAGCAGCAGUACGCCCUGGCGGAGAUAGCGUCCGCCUGGGUGGAGCGCAAGAUGUACGACCUGAAGCAUCUGUUGCGCGAUUUUGGCGCCGAGUUCGGUGCCCUGAGCGCUGCGGAGCGGCAGCUACUGAAGACGAUGCACGCGGAUCUAUCGAAGAGUUACUAGACACACACAUGUAACUAUCGCUGUAAGAGUAACCAAGUCUACCACUAACCUUUGAACGUGCCUACACGGAAACACAAGAAAGUGAAAGUAUUUAAGGAGCGCAUUCUAAAAGCACAUGCAGAUUUGAAAAAAAAAAAAUGUACAAUAAAAAAUAAAGGCUAAAGAUAAUGAUC